GCCGUGCCCUCGCUUCUUUUUCGGCACCAUUCAAGCCACCAUGACUGUCCCCCAAUUGGAUGUUGAGCACUUGCUCCAGGAACUCACCCUCAAUGAAAAAAUCUCGCUUUUGGCCGGAAUGAACAACUGGUCCACCGUGCCCAUCGAGCGGUUGGCCAUUCCUUCCGUCACGGUCUCAGACGGCCCCAACGGAAUCAGAGGCACGCGUUUUUUUGAUGCCGUGCCCUCCAACUGCUUCCCCUGCGGCACCGGAAUGGCAGCCACGUUCAACAAGGACUUGCUUGUGCAGGCCGGCGAGUUGAUGGCCGCAGAGGCCAAAAUGAAGAACUGCGCCUGUAUCUUGGGCCCCACGUGUAACAUUGCACGUGGCCCCUUGGGCGGCCGUGCGUUUGAGUCGUACUCCGAGGACCCCUACUUGUCGGGCCACGUGGCCUCGGCAGUGGUGAACGGAAUCCAGAAACAUGAUGUCGUGGCUUGCUUGAAGCACUUUGUCUGCAACGACCAGGAGCACGAGAGAAAGGGCGUGGACUCCAUUCUUACCGAGAGAGCCUUGCGCGAGGUCUACUUGAAGCCGUUCCAGCUCGCGGUGAGAGACUCGAACCCCAAGUCCAUGAUGACCGCGUAUAACCGUGUCAACGGUGUGCACGUGUCGCAGUCCAAGAAAUUGCUCCAGGAGGUCUUGAGGCAGGACUGGAAGUGGGACGGCAUGGUGAUGUCCGACUGGUACGGCGUGUACUCCAUGAAGGAGUCGCUCGAUGCCGGGCUCAAUUUGGAGAUGCCGGGCCCCACGCGGUUCCGAGAGCUCGUGCAAACGUCGCAUGCGGUGGUGUGCAAUGAGAUCCACCGAGACACCAUUGACGACAACGUCCGGCACGUGCUCCACUUUGUCAACGACUGUCUCAAGGCCGAAAUCCCCGAGGGGCAGGUGGAGUCCGAGAACACGGAUCCUGCUGCGGGCGAGCUCUUGAGGAAGAUCGGCGGCGAGUCCAUAGUGUUGUUGAAGAACGAGGACAGCAUUCUCCCCUUGAGCGCCGAGAAAGCCAAGGGCAACGAGGUCAUUGCCUUGAUAGGCCCCAACGUCAAGGCCGAGCGGAACUCCGGGGGAGGCUCAGCGUCUUUGCGUGCUCGCUACACCGUCACGCCAUGGCAAGGCAUCGCCAGCAAGGUGCAAGAAAAAGCCGGCCCAAACGCGGUGGUCCUCGACUACGCGCUCGGCGCGUUCUUGGAGAAGACCUUGCCGGACAUCGGCUCCGUCAUGCAGACGGCAGACGGCCACAAGGGAAUGACCGCCAGGUUCUAUGCGGACGCCCCCGGCGCCCAGGACAGGGGCUUGAUCGAGGAAAGAACCGUCGACACCACCAAGAUUUUCUUGUCUGACUACCACACCGACAAGUUGCCUGCGGGCCAGCAGUUGUUCUACGUUGACUUCGAGGGCUACUACGUCCCCGAGGAGACGUCCGAGUACUGGUUUGGCUGCUCGUGUUUGGGCACGGCGCAGAUGUUCUUGGACGGCGAGCUCAUUGUUGACAACAAGACCACGCAGGUCAAGGGCGACGCGUUCUUCUUGGCAAUGGGCACCAGGGAGGAGCGCACGGCCGUGAAGUUGGAGAAGGGCAGGAAGUACAAAUUGAACGUCGAGUUUGGAACCAGUCCCACGUGCAAGCUCGUCACCGAGUACCAGGAGGUCGGCGGCGUGUUCUUUGGCAUCGAGGCCAAGUCCACGGGCCAGGCAGCUUUGGACAAGGCCGUGGAGAUUGCCAGGAAGGCCGACAAGGUUGUCAUGGUGACCGGCUUGUCCAAGGAGCACGAGUCGGAGGGCUUCGACAGACCCGACAUGGACAUUCCCGGCUGGACAGACAAGUUGAUAGCCGAGGUCGCCCGUGUCAACCCCAACGUGGUGGUGGUCAACCAGUCCGGGUCGCCGGUGACCAUGCCCUGGGUGGACCUGGUGAAGGGUGUCGUGCAAGCCUGGUACGGCGGAAACGAGUUGGGCAACUCGCUUGCCGACGUGUUGUUUGGCGACGUCAACCCCAGCGGCAAGUUGUCCAUGACCUUCCCCAAGCGGUUGCAGGACAACCCCUCGUACUUGAACUUCGGCUCCACCCAUGGCCACGUGCUUUACGGCGAGGACGUGUUUGUGGGCUACAGGUACUACGAGAAGAUCGGAACACAGCCCUUGUACGCGUUUGGCCACGGUCUCUCCUACACCAGCUUCGACUUGGGUGCCCCCGAGAUCAGCCUGAAUGACGACGAAGUCAGUGUUUCGGUCAAGGUCACCAACUCCGGCAAGGUUGCUGGAGACGAGGUGGUCCAAUUCUACGUGGAGCCCACCGCCCCCAAGAUCAUCCGCCCCAAGAAGGAGCUCAAGGACUUUGCCAAGGUGAAGUUGGCGCCGGGCGAGACCAAGACCGUUUCGGUGAAGCUCCCUACGCUUGACGUGACUUCCUACUGGGACAGCUACAAGAACAAGUGGUUGUCAGAGAAGGGCACGUACAAAGUGAUGGUGGGCACGUCCUCCGACAAGAUCGCCGGCAGCGCCGAGUUCCAAACCAGCGCUGACAAAUGGUGGACCGGUGUCUAAAGACACCGUGGGUUGGGUGCGCCAAGGCCGGGCGCAAAAUGGCAAGACUCAGUGCAACAGGCACUACAUACACGUAAAUAUAGAUUGGCUUACUAAAACAGAGAUUGGUUUGAGCGAAGGCGUAGUAUAAAGAUGGCUCCAAAACUGGGCCUGUCGAAGAUGCUUGUUCCCUUGUACAUGCCUUUGCUUUCUCUUUGGGGUGUUCCUAUGCAUCAGAAUUAGUGGGUUAAAUGAAUACGCGUGGCAGACAAAAUUGAGCAUUCGGAGGUUUCUAAAUGCCACUUUGGACUUUUUUGGCGGGC